AAACCCACCUUCACAUUCCAUUCCAUUCCAUUGUAACAUAACACAACCACCAUUCCAAGAAAGAGAAAAACUUUCAAAGAAAAGGCUGCAGCAGCCUGUUUGGUUGAUAAUUUUUCAAUUUUAUAAAACAUAACAAAAUUAGUUUUAGAGAACUAUAAUAAAUAACAAAAAGGGGUUUCAAAAGUUGCAAAAUUUCAAACACUGAAACCAAUCUCAUCAAAUCUCCCUAGGUUGCAUUGGGGUGCACGUGGAUUCCAGAUCUACACAGCUGCUACUUCCAAAGGUGUAUGUUUAAAUCAAAUAAAUAAAUGACCUGGCGAUGAUGUUGGUACAGAGUUCUCUUCCCAGUACAAUUGAUGCUGGUCUCUCUUCUGUUGCUCAGCACGUGGAGCAAGAACACUCAUGUGUGUGGAUCCCCAGUGAUGGAUCAUGGCAGGAACCUACUGUAUGUAAUGAACAUCCUCAACUGGACCAAUCACAUGCUAUUGAAGUAAUCAAAAACAAAAAUAAGGAUGAUAAUUUGUGCUCUAUAAACUUAAGUUUUUCUUCCCAGUUAUCAAAUAUGUCUGAAAUUUCUACACCUAAUCUUGUGUACAAAAGAAGGAAGAUUCAAAAGAAAGCUGAUUUGUGUGACGUGUUACCACCUAAUCAAUGUUCUACACCGACUUUUGUAUACAAGCGAAGGAAGUUUCAAACUGAAUCAAAAUCAGGAUCUGUUGAUGGGGACCCACUUGGAGACGAGCUUAUUGAAGACCCAAAAGGUAAAAGGCAAAAAAGCUCGAACGUGCAGGGAGUAAAUGAUAGUUGUUCAUCAUCAAAAUCGAAUCUCGAUACGGGUUCUUCUUUGAAACAGCAAGUGGAUGAUGUUGGUGAGUGCUCAUCUUCAGGUGUAGUGAUCAUGGAAGGAUCAAGUUCCUGUUUCUCCUUUCUUAGAAAGCAUGGAGUGUUUGAAAGAAGUAAUUCUAAAAAGCCGACAGUCGUUGAAAAAAAUACUUGUUUGAGGGCGUGUCAAGUCUGUGAUCGAUCAACCACGACUUUGAAAAUGUUAAUAUGUGAUCUCUGUGAAGAGUCAUUUCAUAUGUCUUGCUGUAAUCCUGUUAUAAAGAAGGUACCGGCUGGCGAUUGGUUCUGCCAUUCUUGUUCAAGAAAAAAACUCAAGAAAAUGGAGACAAGUUCCAGGACAUCAAGCCAGGAUUCUUUAGGUCCCAUAGCAUCUAUGUUAAGAGAUGAUCACCGUUAUGCAUCAAUUAUUCGUAUCGGUGAAAAUUUUCAAGCAGAGGUUCCUGAUUGGUCUGGUCCCCUAGCUAGUGAACUUAAUGAUUACAUCGAGCCUAUGGAAAUCAUUCCUUCGGAGUGUGCUAGCUAUCAAGAAUGGAACUCUAGCAAACUUUCAAGACUCAGUUCUAUUGGGAAUUGGAUUCAAUGUCGAGAAGUAGUUGAUGAUGUUGAUGGAACUAUAUGUGGAAAAUGGCGCAGGGCUCCUCUCUUUGAAGUUCAAACUGAUAAUUGGGAAUGUUUCAGCUCUGUCCUCUGGGAUCCAACCCAUGCUGAUUGUGCUGCCCCACAGGAGCUCGAUAGUGAUCAAGUUCUGAAGCAAUUGAAGUAUAUAGAAAUGUUGAGGCCACGGCUUUCUGCGAGAAGGUGGAAGCGGGGGGCUAAAAAGGCUGUAGCUCAACGAGAACACUCCGGGGAUCCAAGAAAUAGACAAAAAUCGUAGGUGUCAUGCUUCUAAUACUUCUUUUUUUUUUUUUUUUUUUUUUUGCAUAUAUUGUAGAUUUUGAAAAGUUUACCGAGGAAGAAUUUUUGUGAUAAUAUUCGGCAUUGAUGUUCCGAGAAAGUGUAUUACAUUGCUGAUCAAACAUUGAAACACGUUAACAAAAUGUGUAUUCGG